UUUGUGAACUAAACGACGUCGGCUCUACAACUGUUUAUAGCGUCGGGAGUUAUUUCUCAUUUUAGUGUCUGCCUACUUGCUGUGCUUGUGUGAGGAGAAGGGAGGGGAAAGAGUGGAGUGCUCUAAUGCCACCUCCACUUCGCUUUCUUUAACUGUUUUAGUUAACCUACAUUUAAGACAGGGGAAGAACGCUGAUAGGAAGUGCGGGCAGUAGAGCACAAUACAUCCGACCGGUGUUGUUUAUUUUUCUCUGUCUCUCCGUGUUGUAUUUAUUCUUGGCUGGCCGCGGACCUGUGCGCGCGCACACACGCAUGACAAGGUUGAAUUGGACCAUAGCGUUAUUCAGCGGUCUUCAAUAGCUCCCAAUAGAUUUAAAGUAUUGUAAAUGGAACUUUGCCAUUUACAAGACCGGUGCACGUGGCAUGCUUUAAGAUGCCCCUUUGAAUAGAAAUGAGAAAGUGCUAUAUUUGUUAUGAAUUGCCCUGGCAUUUUAAGAAUCAUUAACAAAUAAAUCAAUACAAAUAAAUCAAUAUCAGCUUAACUGUCUUUUACACUGAACUUUUAGACUUAUUAUGGAGAUAUGUGUACUGUUGUAUGUAAAUAGGAAAUGGUUAUUUAACUACCAAGUCACAUAUCUGUCCUAAUUCUAAUCCUAAUUCUCCUUUUUUCUCCCUUCUGUUUCCAGUUUUACAUGCUGAAAAUGCAAAUGUCUACAUGUUUUGAAUGCAAACGUAAAUGCGGUGGAUUUAUGUUUUGAAGUUUGCAGCGCUGAUGAUCUCCAACUGGUUGUGGUCGAACCUGCAGAGCUGAACCACUACGCUCCUCUGUCAGCCUACACUGUGCAAGGAAGACACCUGAUUUCUCCGAAGGCAUCCCUACUGCACUGAGUUGGGAUUCACCAUGUUGCUGCGCGUCAUCCUUAGCCAAGACGACAUCCGGAGGAUAACAAUUGACAGCAUGCCAGAGACUGUUGAUGGCCUUCACUUGAUGCUGAAGAACAAGCUUGGAUUGGAAGGUGACUUGGUGGUGCAGUUCCAAGAUCCGGAGUUUGAUAAUGAGCUUUGCAACUUGAGUAGCAUGUCAGAGCUGCCUAAGGACAAAGUGACUUUGAAAGUAUACAGCAAGAAUCUUGAAUCUUAUCAUACAGACUCAACCUUAGACACGGCAAGCCUAUCCACAUCCUCUGAGGGAAGCCCCAUCCCCUCUACCAGUCAUACCCGUCAGCUGCCACAGCCAUUUGACAUCCCUACUUUUUCGUAUGAUGUGGAACUUAAGUUGAAGAAAGGAAAUGAAGCCUUCCAUGAAGAUGGAACCCUUCUUGAUGUGUCCAAAGACACAAAAUCAGACAUUUUGGAUAAAAUAGCGGAAGCCAUCUAUGUCCACAACGCAUACCCAACACGUGAAGAUUAUGACUUGGUGUCACAAGCUCUCGUCGACAAACAUCCCUGUCUGAGGGAACCAGGAUCUGUCAGCGGUUGGUACUGUUGGAAAUUUAGCUUGAAGUUCAAAAUGGGAAACUUCAGACAGAAGCUACGAUUGGCUGGAUGCCCAGAGCUCAAGAUCAACUCACGCUCUUCAGGUACACCUGGGAAAGGAAAACUUAAGAGGGCCAGAAAAUCUGAAGUCAAUUUCCUGCCAGACAUUCCAGUGGGAAAAACACAACCUUCCCUCGAAGAGGAAAGAACCGAGAUGGUCACCGAAAUGAAGAAAAGGAAAAUUGAUUGGCAGAAAAUAAAAGGAUUGAUGACCAGCACUUUUUCUUUACGGAGAAAAGAAAUUGUGGAGGAUGAGCCACCUGUGGCGGAUGUCAGAGAAAGAUGGCCGGCACUGUUCUCUGAACGUCAGAUUGAAGCAGAGUUUGCUCGCCUUACGUCUGUUGACCUGAAAGACUCCCUCUUCGCUGGCCUUGACAAGUAUCUACUGAGGUUCCUUGGGGUGUACAGGGCCAGGAUGGGUCUGGUGGAGCUGAACAGCCUUUUGAGGACUCUGGACAUUGACGGUUCCAACCAAAGGCAAAGGGCAGUUGUUUUGAUGGGGCUCCCCCACUACUUAAAAGAUGGGUCCACACUGUACAAGAAAGUACAGGUCACAGAUGCAGAGGAGGACUGGACAAAGGGAAUGGCAGUCGGCAUCCUCAUGGUGGCACAGAUUGAUGAGCUGGUCCGUUUCGCAGUGGUCCUCGAGGAAGAGAUCAUCUUUCCAAGCAUAAGUGAUUUCCCAACUGCUGUGGCACUGCUGAUGGGUCUGCUCUUUGCCCUUAACAUCGACUACCCCAGGGGCCUUAGGUACACUUUUGAAGUUAUUCAGAAGGUGCUUAUGGACAUUGGUGGAGGGCAAUGCUCUGCCUUGGUUCAUGGCUUAAAAAACCGACUCUUGAGGAAGAAAAUGUAAGCUUAAAAAGCACAGUUUACGCAAAAGUGAACAUUGUUGAGUGUUAAAUGGACUCAUUUAAGGUUAGGUGUUUGCGAUCUGAACAAAGCAAGGUUCUGCAUUGGUUCAUGGUGUAAGAACUUAAGUUGUUGAAACCGUGCAUGUUUAAGAGUUCAAGCAGAGUUUACUGUGUUUUGGUAACAACCAAAUGUCACCGCUGUAGAAGAUUUAGACACUGUCUAGAUGUGGGGGACAGCAAUACAGACAAUUCUGGGUUGUUUACUUGCUGAUAAUUUUUUAUGCACUUUUUGUAAAUCCACAUAGUUGCAUGGCAACAAAUUAUUAUUUUUUCAAGUUGACACCACCUAUAUAUAAUGUGUAUUUUUGGUAGUCAUUUACAACUUGAAAUGCAUAUUUUCAGACUAGUUUUCCCCCUGCAUCCCUUUUUUAUGUUUUGUUGCACUAUUUGUAAAAGCUAAUUGUUGAAUGCCAACUAAUGUUAUCACAAUACAAAUCUGUAGGAGAAAUUUGGGGGAGGAAAUAAUUUUAGGAUUGAUACCUAAAUUAAAUUCAUUAAAAUAACAAGUAUUUGGUGAAUAUGUGUGCAUAAUACAAUUGGUAACAAAAUAAUAUAUGCAGAAAAGGGCUGUAAAAAUCCUCAGCAGUACAGAUUUGUUAUUUUGAUGAAAUGUCGGUACAGUUGUAACUUGUUACUGUUUUGUAUUUUUUUAUAUGUGAAGAUUUCAUCUUCAGUAAAAAAAAAAGAAAAAGGUAGGCCUACAAUAAAACUGUUGGUCUGUGACUGCCAGAAUCUCUGGUGUAAAGGCUCGUCAUUUACUCUUGAAAAAAAAUCCUUAGACGUAAUGAAAUGUGAUGUAUGCAGAUAAUAUGUAUUGAGCAAUGUUUUUACAGGUUAAAAAGAAAUAUUAUCCACUUAGAAAUGUAAGUAGAUCUUAAUAAGAGUAUUUAAGAUAUUGGUAAGUGCAAAUAACUAGUACAUCAGUUAAAUUAACUUGUAAAUUUAUGUAAACUUGAUUGAGGUUUAUAUUCAAUAAGUUCAUAAAUUUAAGUACAACUCACUAGUAUUGCAGUUAAAUCAACUUUUAAAUUUAUGUCAUCUUGAUUGGGGUUUGUCUUCAAUCAGUUCAUAAAUGUAAGUACAUCUCACUAGUUUUGUAGUUACAUCAACAAGAAAAUGUAUGUUACUUAUACUGCUAUUUAAGUUUAAUCAACUAAUACAUUUAAGUAGUUUUGACUCAAGAUGAAGUUAUGUCAACUAAAGGUUUCAAGUAAUAUAGACUGAAGAUGGAGUUGAGUCAACUAGAAAUAUCUAUUUAAGUUAACUUAUUGUCUUAGUUAUCUUGACAUAAAAUUUCAAGGCA